CAACCAAAAACCCCCUGAAACCAUGGAUGAUGAUACCUUGGCUUUAAUCCUUGGCGGAUGCAAAUCCGCAAAAGACCUUGAAUCAAACCUAUCCAGUUUGGGGAACCAGCCAGAGCUGCUUUCCGAGUCUAUAGAUGCCAUUAUUAAGAGUUUUUCAGCUGCUAAAGGUCGGCUAAUAAAUGUUCAUCAUCACAUGUUGUCUUCCCAACAACAAGAUCCAAGUUUACAGCAGUGGCUAAGAUAUGGUAUGGCGACACAGGCAACGAACGUGGUUCAUCAACAGCAAGCUAUGAUGGGCGUCCAGCAGGACAGUGGAGGAGAUCAGAUUCAGGCCAUUUUGGAUGGGUCAGAGUCUGGUAAAGCGUUGGCGGUGUCGACGUCGUCGCAACGUCAACCACGAAGAAGGAAGGAUGAUGAUGAUGAAAAGAGGACGAUCAGAAUACCGGCUCCUCAGGUGGGUAACACCGAUCUUCCUCCCGAUGAUAACUUCACUUGGAGAAAGUAUGGACAGAAAGAUAUACUUGGCUCUCUUCAUCCUAGAUUGUUUCCAAUGGAACUAACCCUGGGUGGAGCAGCGGGUCCCUCCUCCUCCUCCGCCGUUCAAUAUGGCAGAGAGGUUGAUCAUCACUAUCCGGCCGUGGCAGAUAUGGCUGAUGCAAUGUUCAAUUCUGGUAGCAGUAGCAGCAAUAGCAUGGAGUUCAUAUUUCCUUUUCCGGAAGACAAGUGGGAGGCAGCACCUGGCGACAAGAAAACUUCUGGUUGACUGCUCUGCCACCUGCUCCAUCAACCACAUAGUUAGCUAGUCUAGCUUGUUAAUUUAAUUAGAGUACUAUGUUUAACUAAUUAAUUAAUUAAUUAAUC